AUGGGUAAGCUCCUCGUACUACGUUUAAGUCAAGAUGAUCUCACUGAAAACAUGAAGAAUACAAGAGAUCAAAUUUUGGAUCACCUCGAGGUGAGCUACAUUUAAUUCUAACCCCCUGGCAUUGCUGUAAUUAGUAUCAAUUGACAAUGGUACUAGCUCUAUAUCUAGCACAGUCCUAAAUGGUUUUACUUGUCAUCAUGAUUGUCUUUCGUUUGGGAGAAAGAGUUAUUGUUUUUAUUGUGAACUUAUUUUCGUUUAGAAUCAUAUUCAUGAUGUCCACGCUUACGUUCGCAGCAAAGUUUUACAGAUAUGGCAAAAUAUCUGCCGCGAGAAGGUUAGAUUCGCUUCAAGUGUCUCUAUAUGUUGGUAUAUGUUGUCUUUUUGACUAAUGCCACAAUUCCGCUACAGAAUUUCUGCACAGCUUCGUCGUACCAUGUUGCACCUGACCUUAAACUAAACUUCCUUUAACUAAAAUAUAUUUGCAAUAAAAUAACUUCGUAGAAAUGUGAAGUUUGUUAAUGUAAUUAUAUAAUGUGGAAUGUAAAAAUUUAUGUAAAUGUGUAUGCAUUAAAAAUGCUGCCCACAAAAGCUCGAUUACUUAUUAAUAUUUGUAAAUGUUCCUUUUCAAAUACAAAGUACAUUAAUUUUGUUGAUUGUUGUGCAGUCGUUCAAACAUAUUUCAAUCAAUAUACUGUCAAAUUCCCCUGGUAUACAGUUGAAACACUACGCUAUCUUCUCGUCCGAUUUAGGCAAUUCCUUUAGCAAGACAACAACAUGUUCUCGGGCUUGUGAUUGGUCGUCUCACGGAUAUGUCAAGCAAUGUCCGCAAGAAUGCCAUUAUAUAUCUGAAAGAAUAUCUCAUGUCUAAUGCUUUUGGAUCACAG